AUGAACGACAGUAACCUCGCCAACACUGUCACAAAAACUUCAACCUUAGAGCUGAGACGAGUAUCGAGAGUCAGAUCUAGUCCGGACGAAGUGGGAGUAGGAGCGGGUAGCGUGUCGUCGCCCACACCACCUCGACGACCUCAGUCGCCUCAUGAACAAUGUCCACCUUUACCUGUACACUUCUAUAUUCUUGAUACGACCGCUGCAGCCUCGUUGUCGCGGUCAUCUUGCAGCUUCUUUGCAGUCUUCCACCGGCCUUUUCUUCAUCUUAAUUAUCCAAAUUCAUCACUUGUAUCAUUUCCGUUCCAGGCCCUCUGGGAACAGUUCCAGGCCCUCUGGGAACAGUUCCAGGCCCUCUGGGAACAGUUCCAGGCCCUCUGGGAACAGUUCCAGACCCUCUGGGAACAGUUCCAGACCCUCUGGGAACAGUUCCAGGCCCUCUGGGUACAGUUCCAGGGCCUCUGGGUACAGUUCCAGGCCCUCUGGGAACAGUUCCAGGCCCUCUGGGAACAGUUCCAGGCCCUCUGGGAACAGUUCCAGGCCCUCUGGGAACUGUUCCAGGCCCCCUGGAAACAGUUCCAGACCCUCUGGGAACAGUUCCAGGCCCUCUGGGAACAGUUCCAGGUCCUCUGGGAACAGUUCCAGGUCCUCUGGGAACAGUUCCAGGCCCUCUGGGAACAGUUCCAAGCCCUCUGGGAACAGUUCCAGGUCCUCUGGGAACAGUUCCAGGCCCUCUGGGAACAGUUCCAGGCCCUCUGGGAACAGUUCCAGGUCCUCUGGGAACAGUUCCAGGCCCUCUGGGAACAGUUCCAGGCCCUCUGGGUACAGUUCCAGGCCCUCUGGGUACAGUUCCAGGCCCUCUGGGAACAGUUCCAGGCCCUCUGGGAACAGUUCCAGGUCCUCUGGGAACAGUUCCAGGCCCUCUGGGAACAGUUCCAGGCCCUCUGGGAACAGUUCCAGGUCCUCUGGGAACAGUUCCAGGCCCUCUGGGAACAGUUCCAGGUCCUCUGGGAACAGUUCCAGGCCCUCUGGGAACAGUUCCAGUUCCAGGCCUUCUGGGAACAGUUCCAGGCCCUCUGGGAACAGUUCCAUGCCCUCUGGGUACAGUUCCAGGCCCUCUGGGAACAGUUCCACGCCCUCUGGGAACAGUUCCAGGUCCUCUGGGAACAGUUCCAGGCCCUCUGGGAACAGUUCCAGGCCCUCUGGGAACAGUUCCAGGCCCUCUGGGUACAGUUCCAGGGCCUCUGGGUACAGUUCCAGGCCCUCUGGGAACAGUUCCAGGCCCUCUGGGAACAGUUCCAGGCCCUCUGGGAACAGUUCCAGGCCCUCUGGGAACAGUUCCAGGCCCUCUGGGAACAGUUCCAGGUCCUCUGGGAACAGUUCCAUGCCCUCUGGGUACAGUUCCAGGCCCUCUGGGAACAGUUCCAGGCCCUCUUUGAACAGUUCCAGGCCCUCUGGGAACAGUUCCAGGUCCUCUGGGAACAGUUCCAGGCCCUCUGGGAACAGUUCCAGGUCCUCUGGGUACAGUUCCUGGCCCUCUGGGAACAGUUCCAGGCCCUCUGGGAACAGUUCCAGGUCCUCUGGGAACAGUUCCAGGUCCUCUGGGAACAGUUCCAGGCCCUCUGGGAACAGUUCCAGGCCCUCUGGGAACAGUACCAGGUCCUCUGGGAACAGUUCCAGGCCCUCUGGGAACAGUUCCAGUUCCUCUGGGAACAGUUCCAGGCCCUCUGGGAACAGUUCCAGGCCCUCGAGGAACAGUUCCAGACUCGGGAACAGUUCCAGGCCUUCUGGGAACAGUUCCAGUUCCAGGCCCUCUGGGAACAGUUUCAGACCCGGGAACAGUUCCAGGCCUUCUGGGAACAGUUCCAGGCCCUCUGGGAACAGUUCCAGACCCGGGAACAGUUCCAGGCCCUCCGGGAACUGUUCCAGGCCCCCUGGAAACAGUUCCAGACCUGGGAACAGUUCCAGGCCCUCGGAGAACAGAGCACCUUCAGCGACACGGUAACGACGGGAUCGUGUAAUCAAACUGAGAAACUCCUGGAAAUGGCUUCCUGUUGA